UAACUGUUUUCUAUGUUUUGUUAUUUCCUACUAUUAAUUAAACAAAACCCUAAAGUGCGAAGCCAUAUUUCUCACACUUUCCUUCUCUGUAUAAAAAUGCGGCGCACUUCCUGUUUUGGUUCUCUCGCAUUCGUUGUAUUGCCACAUAACUCAUGUUCUUCUUCAUUCUUAUUCUCUCUCUUCUCUCUCUCCUUAAAAACCCAUCUUCUCAACAAUCUUAUUCUUAAUCCUCUCCUUAAAAACCCAUCUUCUCAACGAUCUUACUAUUCAUCCUCUCGCUCUCUCUUCUCUCUCAACCCUUCCCUAUGUUUCUUUGAUGGUGAUCUCCAGGCCAGGUUCUCUGUCUCCUUGUUAUGCUCCAGAUUAUGGGACGAGGACUAGAGCCUCCUCUGAGCGCUCAAGGGGUCUCAAUUUAUCAAUAAAGAAUGGGAGUCUUGGCAAACUUGCCUUCACGACCACUUGUAAAAGUUUUGCUAUUCAAGAACCAAAAGUUCUGACAUAUAAUACUCUACACAAACGGUCUUCCAACCAACCAUGGGAUCCUCACAAGUCGAGAUUUUCUGCUUCACCUCUUGAUGUAAAAAAACAUGAUAAGCCCUUAGAUCAUCUGAGAGCUCGUAAAAAGACUUCCUUGUUCGCAAUAGAAAAGCACACUUUUGAAUCUGAGUCCAAGGUUUCCGUCUCAAAAAGUUGGUGGUCCUAUGUUCGGAAGAAUUUCACUGCCUUAUACCGGUUUUCUCGUCCUCACACAGUAUAUGGCACUGUUAUAGGAAUAAUAUCAGUUUCUCUUCUUACAUUUGAAGGUUCAUCUGAUCUUUCACCAUUGUUUCUCAAAGGACUUCUGCAGGCUCUGGUGCCAUCACUUCUUAUGAACAUCUAUGUUGUUGGAUUAAAUCAGUUAUUUGACAUUGAAAUUGACAAGGUUAAUAAGCCAGAUCUUCCGCUUGCUUCAGGAGAAUUCUCUAUGGGCACUGGCGUAGCAAUCGUCAUUUUUUGUGCUUUUAUGAGUUUUCUUAUGGGACUGAUGAUUCGUUCCCCAGCACUACUUUGGGCCCUUCUCAUAAGUUUCUUGCUUGGAAGUGUGUAUUCCAUCAAUCUUCCGUUUCUACGCUGGAAACGUUUUGCACUACUUGCUGCAAGCUGCAUCUUGUCUGUGAGAGCAAUUGUUGUUCAAAUUGCGUUUUAUAUGCAUAUGCAGCUAUACACUCUCGGGAGGCCCGCAGUUUUUCCGAGAGCUCUUAUGUUUGCCACUGCAUUCAUGUGCUUUUUCACAACUGUAAUAGCAUUAUUCAAGGAUAUACCUGAUGUUGAUGGAGAUCAAAGUUUUGGCAUCGAGUCUUUCAGUGUUCGCUUGGGUCAAAAGCCGGUGUUUUGGCUGUGUAUUAAUCUGUUGCUGGUGGCCUAUGGUGUUGCCAUGGUGGUUGGAGCAGCAUGUUCUUCUGUUUGGACCAAACUUGUGACAGUAUUGGGUCAUGGUACACUAGCUUGGAUUCUCUGGUUGAGAGCCAGAUCUCUUGAUCUAAAGAGUAAAGUGGCAAUAACAUCCUUUUAUAUGUUCAUUUGGAAGCUUUUCUACAUGGAAUACCUGCUAAUCCCAUUCGUGCGAUGACAUGAGCUUAUGUCUGCAAAUUAAGCUUCUGUGGUUUAGUGUUUAUAAAUCAUAGUCGGCAAUUUUAAUAACUAAUGCUUAGCAAUCCCUUAGGAUGCUACAUCAUAUGGCCUUGUUUGUGAAAUUUUGAUGAUAUUUGAAAUUUUAGUCAUUUAUUUGUCAUUUAGGAGAUAUUCUUUUCCCAAUUUCAGUUAUUACAGUAUUAAUGAGUCACCAGUUACAAUGGCAACUUCCUUGUUAUGAGUUAAUGGCAACUUCCAUGUUCUGAGUUA